GAAAAGAGGUGUUGAGAGAUGAGAUGAGAUGAGAUGAGGAAAUUCUUGUGAGGAAGGGGAUCUGAUCUUUCCUUUUCGUGUUGAAUUCUCUUCUAAAAACUUUCUGUGUUUACAAAACAUACACCUGGGAGAAUUAUAUAUAUAUAUAUUAUUAUUAUUAUUAUUGUAUAUAUAGAGAGAGAAAGAAAAAGGAGUGAGAAAGAGAGAUAUCCCAUCAUCCCAUCUAGAGAGAGCUGUUACUUUCUCUUGAUUUUUGUUUGUGUUUGUGAAAAGUUAAUUUUUGUGAUUCAUUUUCUUCUUUUAUUUAUUGCCCAUUCAAAAACUCAACUUCUCUAAAAAUGCAAACUUUGUCCAAUAAUUCGAAACCUCCUUUCACACACCCAUGAGAGAGUUGAGUGAGACUAUAAAGUUUUGAUUUUUAUUUCUGGGGUUUCUUAUUAUUAUUAUUAUUAUUAUUAUUAUAAUUAAUUUUACAAUUUUUUUUUCCUUGAAUUUUCUCACAUUCAGAGCAUUAAAUGGUCUUUUGUUAUUUUCUACUAUAACUCAAUACAAAACAAAAGCACAGAGUUAUAUACAAAGGAAAAAAAAACUUAACACCAAAGGAGGAAAAGGCCUUCUUCUUCUCCUCUCUCUCUCUCUCUCUCUUUCUAUCAUCAAGACUCAGACUUUCUUUCUGGGUUUUCUUCCAAACAGAAUUCCAAACCAGAAAGAUUUGUUCUUUACAUCUAUACACAUAUAUAAAUAGGGAAAGUUCGUUUUUUUUUUGUUGGGUUGAUUUGGGUUUUGUGUAAGAAGAAGAAGAAGAAGAAGAGUAAAGUAAAUAUUAAUCAAUGAGAGCCGGGCUGAGCACGAUUCAACAGACACUAACGCCGGAAGCGGCUAACGUUUUGAAUCACUCGAUCGCUGAAGCCGGUCGUCGGAAUCAUGGUCAAACGACGCCGCUUCAUGUGGCGGCGACACUAUUGGCUUCACCUUCUGGGUAUUUAAGACAAGCAUGUAUAAAAUCACACCCAAAUUCAUCUCACCCACUUCAGUGUCGAGCUUUAGAGCUCUGUUUCAGCGUAGCUCUAGAAAGACUCCCAACUGCUCAAAACAUGAGUCCAGGAAUGGAACCACCAAUCUCCAAUGCUCUAAUGGCGGCUCUAAAACGAGCUCAGGCUCAUCAGCGCCGUGGUUGCCCUGAACAACAACAACAGCCUUUGUUAGCCGUUAAAGUCGAGCUUGAACAACUCAUCAUAUCGAUUUUGGAUGACCCAAGUGUGAGUAGAGUUAUGCGUGAGGCUAGUUUCUCUAGUCCAGCUGUUAAAGCCACCAUAGAACAGUCUUUGAAUUCUUCUUCAGCUGUAGCAGCAGCUUCUAAUAAUUCUUCAUCUUGUUCCCCAAUUGGAUUGGGAUUUCGGCCAGCUCAUCAGCCGAGUAGGAAUUUGUAUUUGAAUCCUCGUUUGCAGCAACAACAGGCGAGUGCCACCGCGGCGGUUCCACAGAGAGGGGAAGAGGUUAAGAGGGUUUUGGAUAUACUUGUUAGGAGCAAGAAGAGGAAUCCGGUUUUGGUUGGUGAUUCUGAGCCAGAAGCUGUUAUGAAAGAGCUUCUUAAGAGAAUUGAGAACAGAGAAUUGUUGGGUGGUUUGAGUCUUCAAAAUGUUGAGAUUGUUCAUUUGGAUGAACUUUCUUGUGAUAAGACUCAAAUAGUUGGGAAAAUUAAGGAUUUGAAGGGUUUGGUUGAGACCCGGAUGGCGAAAUCCAAUGGGGGAGGAGUAAUUCUCAAUUUGGGUGACUUGAAAUGGUUGGUGGAACAGCCACCGCCGAGUUCUGGGUCUGAGGCAGGGCGUGCUGCUGUGGCUGAGAUGGCUAAGCUUUUAGCUAUGUUCGGAGAUGGCUGCGGUGGCGGUGGUACCGGACGGCUUUGGUUGAUCGGAACUGCCACUUGUGAGACUUAUUUAAGGUGUCAAGUUUAUCAUACUUCAAUGGAGAAUGAUUGGGAUCUACAAGCUGUGCCAAUUGCUUCAAGAGCUCCUGUUUCUGGAUUAUUCCCAAGGCUUGGGACCAAUGGAAUUCUGAGUAGCUCAGUGGAAUCUUUGUCCCCUUUGAAAAACUUUCCAACAACAGCAAAGCUUGGUCCACCUCGGCGUUUGUCUGAAAACAUGGAUCCAUCUCGAAGAGUAGGAGGAGGAGGAAGUUGUUGUCCUCAAUGCAAUUCGAAUUAUGAACAAGAGUUGUCCAAACUUAUUUCCCAGGAAUCGGAGAAAUCGUCUUCGUCGUCCUCGGAGAUCAAAUCGGAAGAAACAACCGCCACGGGGGCGCGGCCUGUGCUUCCUCAAUGGCUGCAGAAUGCUAAAACAUCUGAUCAAACACAGACAAAGGAUCAAGAAUUAGUCUUGAAGCAAAAGACUCAAGAGUUACAGAAGAAAUGGAACGACACAUGUUUGAAUCUUCAUCCUAGUUUCCAUCAUCAUCAUCAUAAUCAUCAAGGACUCGGGUCGGAGAGAUUGGGGCCGGUGACACCCUUGGUGGUGUCGCCUCUUUCGAUGACAAGCUUGUACAACAAUCAUCAGAACUUGCUUGGGCCACGCCAACCUUUCCAACCAAAGCAACUACAGAUGAACAAAAGCUUAGGUGAAACUCUUCAAUUGAAUACUACAAACUCCUCACUUGUGGUUUCUAACAGCAACCAAUCAUUAGAGAAAACAUUUUCUCCACCAGGAAGCCCUGUUAGGACUGAUUUAGUUCUUGGUCAGACAAAAGUCAACGGUGUCACAACAGACCAGCAAUUAACUCAUAAAGAUAGAAUCAAUGACUUUCUUGGUUGUAUUUCUUCAGAACAAGAUAACAAGGUUGCUUGUAAAUUAGAUGCAGACUCGUUUAAAAGACUAUCAAAGAGUUUGGCCGAGAAAAUCUGGUGGCAGCCCGAGGCUGCGGUCAGCGUGGCUGCUACCAUAACCGAAUGCAGGUUGGGCAACGGGAAACGCCGUGGUGCAGGGUCUAAAGGCGAUAUGUGGCUGCUUUUCAUCGGGCCAGACAGAGUCGCGAAGAAGAAGAUGGCUUCGGCUGUUUCUGAGCUCGUUUCUGGGUCUAAUCCUGUGACGAUCAGCCUCGGUUCGAGGCGAGGAGAUGGGGAGAUUGACAUGAGUUUUAGGGGUAAAACUGUAUUGGACAGAGUAGCUGAGGCAGUUAGGAGAAACCCCUUAUCUGUUAUCGUUUUGGAAGACAUUAACGAAGCUGAUGUGAUUGUUAGAGGCAGCAUUAAGCGGGCAUUGGAAAGAGGCCGCCUUGUUGAUUCUCACGGCCGCGAAAUCAGCCUCGGAAAUGUGAUCUUCAUCCUCACGGCGGAUUGGUUACCUGAAAAUCUCAAGUACUUAUCAAAUGGGGAGUCAAUUAACGAAGAAAAGCUUGCUGGAAUAGCUAGAAAGGCAUGGAAGUUGAGACUUUCGGCCUCGGUAAGAACCCCGAAACGCAGAGCUCAUUGGCUUGAUGAUGAUCAAAGACAGAGGAAGCCAAGGAAAGAGACUAAUUCAAACUCAAUGGGGUUUGAUCUUAACGAAAUGGCAGCUGGUGAUGCUGAUGAUGUUGAUAAAGCAGAUGGAUCGCAUAAUUCGAGCGAUUUAACAAUCGAUCACGAAGAUAACGAAUGCGGCGGUGGCGGCCUCAGAAGACCGGCGUCAUUGCUCGGCGGAGCAGCCUCGUCGAUGAUGCCAAGGGAAUUGCUUGAAGCAGUGGAUGACACCAUAGUUUUCAAGGCUGCUGAUUCGAGAACAAUGCGCGGCGGGAUCAGAACCUCGAUCGAGAAGCGAUUUUCGGCCGUGAUCGGUGAUGGGUUUUCGUUAGAAUUGGAUGAAGACGCGGCGGAAAAGAUCUUGAGUGGUGUUUGGACUGGCCGGACGAGUUUGGAGGAAUGGAUUGAGAAAGUUCUUGUUCCGAGCUUUGAGGAACUGAAGUCAACGCUUUCUGGGUCAACGAUGGAAGACUCAAUGGUUGUUAGGCUCGAAGCCGAAUCUGAGUCUGAUCACGGCGGCGGCGGCGGGAAUUGGCUUCCUGUUGGGGUUAAAGUGGUAGUGGCCGGUGAUGCCUGAACAGUGGGGGCAAAAUUGGUAUUUUGCUAUUUUCUUUUUGGAUAGAAAUGUAAAUAUUGGUCAAAACUGUUUGGCGGGUAGUCAAAGUACAUUUGGAAAAGUCAAGAGAGAGAAAAAAAAACCGUUAUAAAAGAGGGAAAAAAAAACACAAGAGAAACGUUUGGAUUAAAAUCCCAAACCAAACAGUUCACCUCUUUUUUUUUUUAAUUUUUUUAAGGGUAAAAUUUUAAAUAGAUAUUAUUAAUUAAUUUCUUUUUUUUUUUAAAAAAAAUAUGUUAAAAAAUUAUAGUGUUAAAAAAAAAUAUUAUUAAUUACGUGGACGAUGAUUAUUAAUAAGAUGAGGCAUUUAUUUCUGCUA